UAAUUAAAAAGAGAUUUUAUAUUUGAUUGUUUUAAGGUUUUAAUAAUGAGAAAAAUAAAAAGUCACCUCUGAAGAAAACUGAAAAUAGGAAAAAUUCCAAAAAUACAAGGAAGGAACUUAUAAAAUAACGUAAGGAACUAUGAAGUUCACCUUCAGUAAAAAAGAAGAAAGACACUAUUUAAAGACUGACAAAAACUGAAUUGAACAUUCAAUAAAUAUGGGAGACGAAGAAGUUCAAGCACUUGUUGUAGAUAAUGGAUCAGGAAUGUGUAAAGCUGGAUUUGCUGGUGAUGAUGCACCAAGAGCUGUAUUCCCAUCCAUUGUUGGUAGACCAAGACACGUUUCAGUUAUGGCUGGUAUGGGUCAAAAAGAUGCUUAUGUUGGAGAUGAAGCUCAAUCAAAGAGAGGUAUUCUUACACUUAAAUAUCCAAUUGAACACGGUAUUGUUAACAAUUGGGAUGAUAUGGAAAAGAUCUGGCAUCAUACUUUCUAUAAUGAACUUAGAGUUGCACCAGAAGAACAUCCAGUUCUUUUAACUGAAGCCCCAAUGAAUCCAAAAGCUAACAGAGAAAAGAUGACUCAAAUUAUGUUUGAAACAUUCAACACCCCAGCUAUGUAUGUUGGAAUUCAAGCUGUUCUUUCAUUAUAUGCCUCAGGUAGAACUACUGGUAUUGUUAUGGAUUCAGGUGAUGGAGUUUCACACACUGUCCCAAUUUAUGAAGGAUUCUCACUUCCACAUGCUAUUCUUAGACUUGAUCUUGCAGGACGUGAUCUUACUGAUUAUCUCAUGAAAAUCUUAACUGAAAGAGGAUAUGCUUUCACCACUACUGCUGAAAGAGAAAUUGUCAGAGAUAUUAAAGAAAAACUUUGCUAUGUUGCUGAAGAUUUCAAUGAAGAAAUGCAAAAAGCUGCAUCAAGCAGUGAACUUGAAAAGAGCUAUGAACUUCCAGAUGGACAAGUUAUUACUGUUGGAAACGAAAGAUUCAGAUGCCCAGAAGCCCUCUUCCAACCAUCAUUCCUUGGUAUGGAAUGCAAUGGUAUUCAUGAAACUACCUACAAUUCAAUUAUGAAAUGUGAUGUCGAUAUCAGAAAGGAUCUUUAUGGAAAUAUUGUUCUUUCAGGAGGAACAUCAAUGUAUCCAGGUAUUAACACCAGACUUGAAAAGGAAAUGAUUCAAUUAGCACCACCAACAAUGAAGAUUAAGGUUAUUGCACCACCAGAAAGAAAAUACUCAGUUUGGAUUGGAGGAUCAAUUCUUGCCUCACUUUCUACAUUCCAAAACAUGUGGAUUACCAAGGAAGAAUAUGAUGAAUCUGGACCAGCUAUUGUCCACAGAAAAUGCUUCUAAGCGUUUUAAUUUACUUUCUCAUUUGAUAAGUUUUAAAUUAAUGUUUUUAAAGAAUAAGAAAAUAAAAAAUGGUAAUAAGAUAAAUUUGGUUUUAGAUAUUAUUUUAAUUAUUCAAGAGAAAAUAAAUAGUGUUAUAAAUAACAAAUAAUAAAAUAGAAUCAAAAAAAGAAAAAAAACAC